AUGCAUUUCUCCCUCACCACCACCCUCCCCCUCCUCUCCACCCUCCUCUCCCUCACCACCGCCAAACAAAGCACCGACGCCAACUGCUCCACCUUCGAGCCGACCUCAGCCUUCCAAAUCUACUCCGAUCUUCCCGACCUCUCGGUCGACCUCACGAUCCCAAGCUACAGCAACCUGACCAACGGCACCACCAACAGCACGCGCCUCCUCUCCUCCCGCAGCAAGGCAAGGUCCCGACCCAAGUCCCGCCGCUCCGCCCACAUCCCCUUCACCUUCUUCGUCUCCCAGGACGCCGGCAACACCAACCACCAAGACCUCGUCGUCGCCUUCGCGGGGCUCCCCUGCGGCGGGCCCGGCCCCUUCAGCUUCGAGUUCAACUUCCAGCCCCAGUCGGCCUACUUCGCCCAGGGCCAGGGCCAGAUCAACAUGUUCCGCGUCGACACGCUCGCCCUGGGGGAUGCGCCCACCUGGAACGACGUCGAGCCGCUGACGGGCAGCCUGGUGGGCACGUUCGAGUUGCCGGCGGUGGGGAGCGAGGGGCCGGCUUUGCUGUUCCUCAAUCAGUUGGUCUGUCAGGAUCAGUUGGUGUUGCGGUUUGGCAUCUCGAGGUACAGCGAUGAGGGGGGGAGUGUGGCGUAUCUCAAUGCCGGGGGGAUGGGGUUGAGGGAGAGGAAUGGGUGUUAG